AUGUCUGUAGAUCUGGAUAAAUGUUAUGAAGUAGUUGUAAAAUCAGCAAAACACGUAGGAAAGAUAAUUAAAGAAAGAAUUUGGGAUUCAAAAUUAAAAAUAGAAACAAAAUCAUCGGAAAUUGAUUUGGUUACGGAAACCGAUCAAGAAGUUGAAAAAUAUUUAAUAUCAAAUCUCAAAGAAAAUUUUCCUGAUCAUUUAUUUAUAGGUGAAGAAAGUGUGAGCGAAGGUGCCAAAUGUAAUUUUACAAAUUCACCAACAUGGAUAAUAGAUCCUGUCGAUGGUACCAUGAAUUUUGUUCAUGGUUAUCCAAAUGUUUGCACUUCGAUUGCAUUAUUUGUAAAUAAAAUACCUGAAAUAGGUAUAGUUUAUAAUCCUGUUAUUGAUUUAUUUUUCGAAGCCAGAAGAGGUUUAGGUGCUAAAUUAAAUGGCAGAACUAUUCAUGUAUCAAAAGAAACAGAAUUAUCCAGAUGUCUUUUGGGAUUCGAAUGUGGAACAAGUCGAGAUCCUAAAAAAGAAGAAAAUGUACUUGCAAACAUUUCGAAACUAAUUGGAAAAGUUCAUGGUUGUAGAGCUACUGGAUCAGCUGCUAUGAAUAUGGCAUUGGUUGCUUCAGGUUCUUCUGAUGCAUAUUUUGAAUUUGGUAUUCAUGCAUGGGAUGUUGCAGCAGGUGAACUUUUAGUUAAAGAAGCUGGUGGUGUGGUCAUCGAUCCAUCUGGUGGAAAUUUUGAUAUUUUAAGCAGAAGAGUUUUGUGCGCAUCAACGCAAUCUUUAGCUAAUCAAUUAGUAAAAGAAUUGACUCAGUUUUAUCCUGAAAGAGAUUAA